AUGAUAAUACCUGCAUUAAACUGUGAAUUCACAAGAAGAAUGUGCUUUUCCCCGCCGCUGGGAUUUAGACUCCCUAGUAACGUGGAGAUAAUAUACUGGAUAGGCAUGAUUCUGCGGGGUGGAAACAUGUUGGUAACUCAGCUGCAGAUAACUUCCAUGUGGAAAGUAUGGAAUGUCCGUAAUAACUGUGUUUUCAAUAGGACGCUUGAGGAUCCUGCCAAAGUAGCCAUGGAUACAGCAGAAGUCAUCAAGGAAUUCAAUUAUGCGAAUCCAGAUCUUGCCAAGAAGAAGAUGGCUACGGAUGAAGCUGACUACCACAGUCCUGCGGGGGGAGUGACUAUUGUUCAGGUUGAUGCAGGGUGCUAUGAUAAUGGUGUUAUGGCCAUGGGAUGUGUGGUGAAACCUGAUGGCAAUGGAGUGGUUAUGUCUGCCUGCAGACGUGAACAAGUGCUGGUGAACCCGAAUGUUGCUGAAGCUAUGGCCAUUAGGUGGGCGCUCUCGUUGAUGCAAGCCAUACACUUGGAUAAUGCAGUGCUCCAAUCUGAUGCGCUGAAUGUCAUAGAUAGUAUUUAUGGACUGAAUUAUAUUGCUGAUUUAGAUCCAAUUGUGGCUGAUUGUAAACAUUUGAUUACUUGUUUUAGGAAUGUUUCUGUUUCUUUCAUAGGUAGAAGAGGUAAUGUGGAUGCUCAUCAUAUGGUGGGUGUUGGCAGAACUCUAGGCAACAAAACUUGGCUUGGGUGUAUCCCUAAUUUGUAUUCCAGUCCCUCUUGUAUCAAUUCGGUGGUUGCGCCGCUCUCGUAA